AGACUCAAGCCUCGAGUCUUGAGAUUCUUAAUGGAAAUGUAGUGGUUGGUAAGUGAGAACUUGAGAUGAUAUUAUUCCACCGUAGAAUUUUCGUCCAAACGAGUACCUGGUCAAAUUUGCUAGCUAGCUGCUGCUGCUUCAUCAUCAUGUGUAUAUUAGCCAGCUUCAAUUUCUGCCACUCAAUCUCAAAUGCCCCUUCUCUCUGCUCCACCCUGUGUAAAUGAAAAAUUGACUCACUCACUCAGUGUGUCACUGCUGUAAGCUAAGCUUCCAUUCAGGUUUAUCCACACUCGCUGUUGUACAUUGAAUAUGGAUAAUUCUCUAACAAUAUAAGUUUGCAAAAGCCAUCAUUCACAACUUUGUGAUAUCAUCCUUUACGAAGUAAGCUCCUUAUUUUAAGAAUAAUGGCUGGCAGCGAAGUAGCUUUAGAUGUGGAGAAUUCGAUAGUGAAAACUGAGAGAUUGGUUAUAGAUCAUUGGAAAUCAAUGACUGCCAAGGGGAAAUCUGCCCCAAAAGAUAAAGGAAAUAGAUCGAGUAGAAAAUGGUCAACAAUAUUAAAAGAAAUUUUUGAUCCACAGGGGAGAUUCUAUCCAAUAUGGAUUAAGGUAUUUGUAAUAUCAUGUGUGUUUGCUGUCUCACUGGACCCUUUGUUCUUUUACAUUCCGAUCGUCAACGAGGAUAUGAAGUGCCUCAUAUUGGACAAAAAUUUGAAGGCAAUAGCUCUUUCCUUUAGAUCAUUAACAGAUCGCUUCUACAUAGUCGACAUUAUUUUUCAGAUUUUAAUUUCUUUACCUACACCUAAGUCGCCUGGGGACGCUAGGGUCACAAAAAAACACAAGGAAGCCCCUGUGAAAGGAAACAAACCAGUUAAGGAUGCUUUGGUAAUCGCUAACAGGAUUUUUCGAUCAUACAUUCUAGUUGACAUUUUAGCUGCCCUUCCCAUCCCACAGGUAGUAAUCUUCAUUUUCUUUUCAAAAACAAGGGCCUCAAGAUCUUUGAAAACAAGGAAGCUCUUAAACUCUCUCCUUGUGCUGCAAUAUGUGCCACGGGUUCUUCGCAUCUUCUUAUUGUGCCAUGAACGACAUUUGGUUCCUAGAAAUGCAGGCAUAUGGGUUAAAGGUGUUUUCAAUUUCUUUCUCUACAUCCUUGCUAGUCAUGUACUCGGAGCUCUAUGGUAUUUUUUGACUAUUCAAAGAGAGACAGAUUGCUGGCAAUAUGCUUGCAAAAUUGAAAAUGGAUGUGAGCUGACUUCUUUCGAUUGUGAUGAUCACCAUACAUUCAGAAAUAUCACGUUACUAAAUGAGUUAUGUCCUGUAAAUCAACCAAAUACAACCCUCUUUGAUUUUGGUAUAUUUGCUGCUGCCCUUCAGUCUGGUAUGUUGCGGUCAACAGAUUUUCCACAAAAGUUCAUGAUUUGUUUUUGGUGGGGGCUGCGAAAUCUGAGUUCUCUUGGUCAAAACCUCCAGACCAGUACCUAUGCAUGGGAAAACCUCUUUGCUGUUUUUGUUUCUAUAAUUGGCUUGCUGUUAUUCUUGUAUCUCAUUGGGAAUUUGCAGACGUAUUUGCAGUUUGCAACUACAAGAUCAGAAAAGCUUAGACAGAAGCUGAAAACGAAAGAUCUAGAGAUAGAUUUGUGGCUAUCUAGAAAGGGCCUUCCUAAGAAUUUGAAGGAAGUGAUCAUGCAAGUCGUUCAACAAAAACUUGAACAAAAUAAAGAUGUUCAGGUAGAGAACAUCCUCUCUGUUCUUCCAUUGGAACAUAGCAACUUUAUCAGGCGUUAUCUUCGUUUGGCUACACUUAAGAAUGUUCGAAUUCUUAAAGCUAUGGAUGAAAAACUGUUGAAAGCAAUCUGUGAACAUCUCAUACCAAUCAACUACAAUGAGAACAAGGAUAUUAUUGGAGAGGGGGACCAACUUGAUAGGAUGCUUUUCAUCAGACAAGGCAUUGUACGGACGUACAGAACAAAUGGCAAAGGUGGAAAGAUUGGUACUUCUAAGCUUCUGGAGAAGGGUGAUUUGUAUGGAGGAGAGCUUCUAAAUUGGGCAUCAAAUCAAAUUACGUCUCAUACUGUCUUACCCAUCUCGACCAGAAAUGUCAAGUCUGUAAGCAAAGUUGAGGCCUUUACACUCAUGGCCGGGGACUUGGAGUUGGUAAUCACUAAAUUCUGGUGGCAUUUCACCAAGGACAAGGAGCUCAACCAAUUUAUCGAGCCUCAGUUGGAGCAGCUGAAGAAGCUCGCAAUUUCUUCAAUAGAAAGAGAAGUCCAUCGCAUUAAUCAAGCAAAGAUGAAUAAGCAGCAGCAUACACCCCCAUUGGCUGGUGAAGGUAGUGGUGGUAGUAGCACCUGGAGACAAAGAGUAAAUGUCAGCAAGCUCAGGGAUCAGGUAUCUUCCCCAAGGAGCCCCCUUGGUGCUCCAUGUUAAGGAGAUUCGACGGUGCACAAAAGCUCUUGAACCAUCACGAUUCACAAAAUGUGAGAUACUGAGUCCUAACACUUCAACUAGGACAAAACCAAUCAGCUGAUGAUUAACAUUGAUUGAUACUACUGUUGCUGUAGAAACUUUGAUUAAACAUUUGCAACCAAUAUAUUAUAUACUAAUUAAUGAAUACUGCAUGCCCAUCUCCCUCUUUCUGAUAAA